AUGGGUAAGACUCAAAAGAAAAAUAGUAAAGGUCGUUUAGAUAGAUACUAUUAUCUUGCCAAAGAGAAGGGUUAUCGUGCUCGUUCUUCUUUCAAGAUUAUUCAGAUCAAUGAAAAGUAUGGUCAUUUUUUGGAAAAAUCUAAAGUGGUUAUCGAUUUAUGUGCUGCUCCGGGUUCAUGGUGUCAAGUUGCCUCUAAAUUAUGCCCCGUCAAUUCUUUAAUUAUUGGUGUUGAUAUCGUUCCAAUGAAGUCAAUGCCAAACGUUAUUACCUUCCAAAGUGAUAUUACUACCGAAGAUUGUAGAUCGAAGUUGAGAGGGCAUAUGAAAACGUGGAAAGCUGAUACUGUUUUACAUGAUGGUGCUCCAAAUGUUGGUUUGGGUUGGGUUCAAGAUGCGUUCACUCAAUCUCAUUUAACUUUACAAGCUUUGAAACUAGCUGUUGAAAAUUUGGUUGUUGGUGGUACUUUUGUUACUAAGAUUUUCAGAUCCAAGGAUUAUAACAAAUUGAUUUGGGUGUUCCAACAACUAUUCGAUAAAGUCGAAGCUACCAAACCUCCUGCUUCAAGAAAUGUCUCUGCUGAAAUUUUCGUGGUCUGUAAGAACUUCAAAGCACCAAAAAAGUUAGAUCCCAGAAUAUUGGAUCCUAGAGAAGUUUUUGAAGAAUUACCUGAUGGUCCAGCAAACAUGGAAUCCAAAAUUUAUAACCCAGAAAAGAAAGUCAGAAAGAGACAAGGUUACGAAGAAGGUGACUAUUUACUAUAUCAUGAAUUGCCAAUUAUGGAUUUUGUGAAUACAGAGGAUCCUAUAACAUUAUUAGGAGAAAACAAUAAAUUUACAUAUGACAAAGAAGAUCACCAAUGGAAGAUUCUAAAGAAAAUGAAACAAACAAGUACGGAAUUUUUAGCUUGUAUCGAAGAUUUAAAAGUUUUAGGUAAGAAAGAUUUCAAGAUGAUCUUGAAAUGGAGAAAAGCCGCUAGAGAUUUAUUAGGUAUCGAUAAAGAAGAAGAAGUCGAAGUCGAAGUCAAUCCAUUAACUGAAGAAGAGCAAAUUGAUAAGGAAUUAAGUGCUAUGCAAGAAAGACAAAGAUUGAACCUAAGAAGGGAAAAGAGAAAGAAGAAUGAGUCCAAACAGAAAGAAUUAAUCAGAAUGCAAAUGAAUAUGUUAACUCCUGCUGACAUUGGUAUUGAAGCUGCCAGUAUUGGUAGAGAAUCUUUAUUCAACCUUAAAUCUGCCGAAAAGACAGGUAUUCUAGAUAAAUUAGCUAGAGGUAAGAAAAGAAUGGUUUUCACUGAAGAAGAAUUAGCACAUGAUAAUGAUAUUCAUAUCGAUGAAAGUAUUGUGCUAAAGGAUAAAGAUGCUGCAGGUGAAGCUGAUGAUUUGGAAUCUCAAUUAAACUCGAUGUAUGCCGACUUCAAACAGAGAAAGUCAGAAAGAGAUGCUAGAUUUAAGGCAAAACAAGCUCGUGGUGGUGACAAUGAAGAUGAAUGGACUGGAUUCACCGAUUCAAAGAAUGGUGAGGAUGAAGAAGAUGCUAAGGAAGAAAAAGAUUAUAUCGAAGAAGAAGACGACGACAUUUUAUCAGACUCUGACGACGAUGAGGGUAUCAACAAUUUGAUUUCCAAAAUAAAGAGCGAAUCUGAUGGUUCUAAGCUAAGUAGUCAAGCAAAGAUGUUAUUUAGCGAUCCUAUCUUCAAAAAUGUCACUCCAGAUUUACCAUCUAAACCAUCAACUGAUAUCAGUUCAGAAUCAGUUGGUGACUUUACUAAACUUUCCAAGAAGAGAAAACAUGAUCAAGUAGAAAAGGAAGAAAAAGAAGAAAAGGAAGUUGACAGUAGUGAUGAUGACAGCAGCGAUGAUUCCGAUUUUGAAGUUGUUUCAAACACAUACAACCAUGAAGAUGAAAUUGAUUCUGACUAUGAUUCUGAUGAGGAAAAAAAGCAAACUGAAAAGGAAAAACAUUCUAAAGAUAUCGAUAUUGCUACUGUUGAAGCUAUGACAUUAGCACAUCAACUAGCUCUAGGUCAAAAAACCAAACAUGAUUUGGUAAAUGAAGGUUUCAAUAGAUAUGCAUUCAGAGACGUUGAUAACCUACCUGAUUGGUUCCUUGAAGAUGAAAAGGAGCAUUCCAAGAUUAACAGACCAAUUACUAAGGAAGCUGCUAUGGCCAUAAAAGAAAAGAUUAAAGCAUUGAAUGCUCGUCCUAUCAAGAAGGUUCUUGAAGCUAAAGCUAGAAAGAAGAUGCGUUCUGUUGCUCGUUUGGAAAGAAUAAAGAAGAAGGCUGGUUUAAUCAAUGAUAAUACUGAUAAAUCUGAAAAGGAUAAAGCUGAUGAAAUUACUAAAUUGAUGCGUAAAGUUUCAAAGAAACCAGUUAGGAAGCCUAAGGUUACUUUAGUCGUUGCCAGUGGUAAGAAUAGAGGGUUAGCCGGUAGACCAAAGGGUGUUAAGGGUAAGUAUAAGAUGGUGGAUGGUGUCUUAAAGAACGAACAUAGGGCAUUAAAACGUAUUGCCAAGAAGCAUCACAAAAAAUAA